ACCCUUUGAAAUUAUCAUACUAAUUACUAUCUUUGCCAAUUGUGUGGCCCUGGCUGUGUACACGCCCCUUCCAGGAGAUGACACCAAUUCGUUGAAUUUCAAGUUGACUCUGUACUGUGGCAUUGGAGCACCUGAGCCCAUCAGCAAAGAGUGCAGGCUUUGAUGUGAAGGCUCUUCGAGCGUUCCGAGUGUUGAGACCAUUGCGCUUGGUGUCGGGAGUUCCCAGUUUGCAGGUGGUUCUGAACUCAAUCAUCAAGGCCAUGGUCCCCCUUCUUCACAUUGCUCUGCUGGUCCUUUUCAUGAUCAUCAUCUAUGCCAUCAUUGGAUUGGAGUUGUUCAUGGGCAAAAUGCACAAAACAUGUUUUUACGUUGGUACAGAUAUUGUUGCUGAUGUGUGGCCGGCCCCAUGUGCGCAUUCAGGACACGGCCGUCACUGCGCCAUCAAUGGCAGUGAGUGCAGGUCAGGCUGGCCAGGACCCAACACCGGCAUCACUCACUUCGAUAACUUCGGAUUUGCCAUGUUAACAGUUUACCAGUGUAUUACCAUGGAGGGCUGGACCAAUGUGCUGUACUGGGUCAAUGAUGCCAUUGGAAAUGAGUGGCCUUGGAUCUACUUUGUCAGUCUCAUCCUGUUGGGCUCAUUCUUCGUGCUGAACCUUGUACUGGGCGUCCUGAGUGGGGAGUUUUCCAGGGAGAGAGAGAAGGCCAAGUCUCGGGGAGAUUUCCAGAAGUUCAGAGAGAAGCAGCAGCUGGAUGAGGAUCUGAAAGGUUACCUUGACUGGAUCACACACGCUGAGGAUAUUGACCUGGACCACAUCAACCAUGGAGAUGGAGUGCUAACCUCAGAUGAAGGUGGCUCCCUGGCCUCUCAGGAACUGCUCGAGUUGGAGGGAAUGAGCCUGCUGUCACGUGUCAAUUGGCGUUGUCAGAGGUGGAACCGACUGUUCAGGCGGACAUGCAGAGCGUUGGUCAAAUCCGACUUCUUCUACUGGCUGGUGAUAUUCCUGGUCUUCCUCAACACUUUGAUGAUAGCAUCGGAGCACCACCAUCAGCCUGAUUGGCUGACCAACGUCCAGGACACUGCCAACAAGGUGCUCUUAGCCCUGUUCACGGUGGAGAUGAUGCUGAAGAUGUACAGCCUUGGCUUGCAGGCUUACUUUGUCUCACUGUUUAAUCGGUUUGACUGCUUUGUGGUGUGUGGUGGGAUCCUGGAGACGAUUUUGGUGGAGGUGAAGAUGAUGUCUCCACUCGGAAUUUCUGUCCUCCGGUGUAUCCGACUCCUGAGAAUCUUCAAAAUCACCAGGUAUUGGACUUCCUUGAGCAACCUGGUCGCCUCCCUGUUGAACUCAGUCCGUUCCAUUGCAUCCUUACUCCUCCUCCUCUUCCUUUUCAUCAUCAUCUUCUCGUUGCUGGGGAUGCAGCUGUUUGGUGGAAAGUAUAAUUUUGAUGACAUGGUUGUGCGAAGGAGCACAUUUGAUAACUUCCCACAGGCAUUGCUGAGUGUGUUCCAGAUAUUGACUGGCGAGGACUGGAAUUCUGUCAUGAAUGAUGGCAUCAUGGCCUACGGAGGUCCUUCCUUCCCUGGUGUGCUCGUCUGUAUUUACUUCAUCAUCCUGUUCGUUUGUGGAAACUAUAUUCUGUUAAAUGUUUUCUUGGCCAUCGCUGUUGACAAUCUAGCAGAGGCAGAAAGUCUGACAUCAGCUCAGAAAGAAGCAGCAGAGGAGAAGAAGAGAAGGAAGUUGGAGAGGGCUGCCAACCCGGGCCGAUCAGAGGAAGAGAAACUACUGUUGAAGAAACUUGAGCUGGCGAAGCUUAAGGCUGAGGGUAUUCCCACCACUGCCAAGCUGAAAGUGGAUGAGUUUGAAGCUAAUGUCAAUGAGGUGAAGGAACCUUAUCCUUCUGCUGACUUUCCAGGUGAUGAUGAGGAAGAGGAGCCUGAAUUCCCCCUGAGCCCCCGUCCUCGCCCCCUUGCUGAGCUCCAGCUGAAAGAGAAGGCAGUCCCCAUGCCCAAUGCCAGCUCCUUCUUUAUCUUCAGCCCAACAAACAAAUUACGCAAGUUGUGCCACAGGAUCAUAAAUGCAACCACCUUUACAAACUUCAUCCUUCUCUUUAUCCUGUUGAGUAGUAUCUCACUUGCUGCAGAAGACCCCAUUCGAGCAGAGUCCUUCCGCAACCAGAUUCUUGCCUAUUUUGAUAUUGCUUUUACUGCCAUCUUCACCAUGGAGAUUAUUCUGAAGAUGACAACAUAUGGUGCCUUCCUACACAAAGGUUCUUUUUGUCGGAAUUACUUCAAUAUCCUGGACUUGUUGGUGGUCAGUGUCUCCCUCAUCUCAUUUGGAAUUCAAUCAAGUGCUAUCUCUGUGGUAAAGAUUCUUCGAGUCCUCCGAGUGCUCAGACCUUUGAGAGCCAUUAACAGAGCCAAGGGACUAAAGCAUGUGGUUCAAUGCGUCUUUGUGGCCAUUAAGACCAUAGGGAACAUUGUGAUCGUCACCACCCUCUUACAGUUUGUGUUUGCCUGCCUCGGGGUGCAACUUUUCAAGGGAAAGUUUUACAGCUGCACUGAUCCCUCCAAAAUGACAGAAGAAGACUGCAAAGGCCAGUUUAUUGCCUAUGGUGAACCAGAUCAGCUCUCAGUCCAGGAGCGAAUGUGGGUUAAUAGCGACUUCAAUUUUGACAAUGUGUUGUUGGCGAUGAUGGCUCUCUUUACAGUUUCCACCUUCGAGGGGUGGCCCCAGUUAUUGUACAAAGCCAUUGACUCUCACACUGAAGACAUGGGCCCCAUCUACAACUACCGAGUCGGCAUUUCAAUAUUCUUCAUCAUCUACAUCAUUCUCAUUGCUUUCUUCAUGAUGAAUAUCUUUGUGGGGUUUGUCAUUGUAACGUUCCAGGAACAGGGAGAGGCUGAAUACAAGAACUGCGAGCUCGACAAAAAUCAGCGUCAGUGUGUCCAGUAUGCCCUGAAGGCACGACCCCUCAUGAGGUACAUUCCCAAGAACAAAUAUCAGUACAAGGUGUGGUAUGUGGUGACCUCCUCGUACUUUGAAUACCUCAUGUUUGCCCUCAUCCUGCUCAAUACCAUCUGUCUUGGGAUGCAGCACUAUGAGCAAUCAGAGGAGAUGAACCAGUUGUCGGACAUACUGAAUGUAGUCUUCACUGGGCUAUUCGCAUUGGAAAUGUUUUUUAAACUUUGUGCUUUCAAAGCGAAAGGUUAUUUUGGAGAUCCCUGGAAUGUAUUUGAUUUCCUGAUUGUCAUUGGCAGUAUUAUCGAUGUGAUCCUCAGUGAGGUCAAUACAGCUCUGGCUUCCAGUGGGGGUCUCUACUGCCUGAGCGCUCGAUGCGACUCCAGUGAGUCAGAGGAUAGCUCCCGCAUCUCCAUCUCUUUCUUUCGUCUGUUUCGUGUGAUGCGCCUGGUCAAGUUGCUGAGCAGAGGAGAGGGAGUUCGAACAUUGCUGUGGACGUUCAUCAAGUCCUUCCAGGCGCUGCCCUAUGUGGCUCUGCUCAUUGUGAUGCUGUUCUUUAUCUACGCUGUCAUUGGGAUGCAGGUCUUUGGUAAGAUUGCCAAUGUGGAUGGAUCACAAAUCAAUCGCAAUAAUAACUUCCAGACGUUCCCACAAGCUGUGCUCCUGCUAUUCAGAUGUGCUACAGGUGAAGCCUGGCAGGAGAUUAUGCUGGCCUGCCGACCGGGUAAACUCUGUGACCCUGAAUCUGACUAUGAACCUGGCGAAGAGUACACCUGUGGAACCAACUUUGCUGUCUUCUACUUCAUCAGUUUUUACAUGCUGUGUGCUUUCCUGAUUAUUAACCUGUUUGUGGCUGUAAUUAUGGACAACUUUGAUUACCUGACACGUGAUUGGUCCAUUCUGGGCCCUCAUCACCUGGAUGAAUUUAAGAGGAUCUGGGCCGAGUAUGAUCCUGAGGCCAAGGGACGCAUCAAACACCUGGAUGUGGUAACAUUGCUCCGUCGCAUCCAGCCUCCUCUGGGCUUUGGCAAAUUCUGCCCCCACCGUGUGGCCUGUAAGCGGCUGGUGUCUAUGAACAUGCCCAUGAACAGUGAUGGCACAGUCACCUUCAAUGCCACACUCUUCGCGCUGGUACGAACAGCCCUCAAAAUUAAAACCGAAGGAAAUUUUGAACAGUCGAAUGAAGAACUGAGAACCAUCAUCAAAAAAAUCUGGAAACGAACUAGUAUGAAAUUAUUGGACCAAGUGAUCCCCCCAAUUGGAGAUGAUGAGGUGACAGUCGGCAAGUUCUAUGCCACAUUUCUCAUCCAAGAACACUUCCGCAAGUUCAAGAAACGUCAAGAAGAAUAUUAUGGAAUUCUCCCAUCGAAGAAGAACCAGAAUCAAAAUGAGAUUGUGCUCCAGGCUGGAUUGCGCAGUAUUGAGGAGGAGGUUGGUGAUAAUCUCCAUCGAACUGUAUCCGGAGAGCUGCCAGUUGAAGAGGAAGGAGACCAAACUAUGGAGGAAGGGGGCUUGGACGAAACAAUUUAUAGGAGAACGGGUGGUCUGUUUGGAGAACAGCCUGAUUCGUACCCAAUGGACAGAAGUGGCUCCUUGCAGCCACACAUGACGAGCCAGCGACCGUUACAAUUCAGCAAAUCUGAGGGUGGAGGAGAGGAGCCUGAGCCGCCACACAGCAGGCCGACUGAUUCGCCAUUUAACACAACCAGUUUCUUCCCAGCAACUGACAAUGCAAACACAAAUAACGCCAACAAUACAGCCCUAAGCAGGGUUGCCUAUGAAGAUGAAUUCAAAAAGAAAAUUACAACAUGUAAAUGCACAGGUGAACACGAAGCUCAAGUGGGCUGGCUCAGACAAGCCCCACCUCAAAUGCCAGGACUGCACCCCAACCAUCGAGUAAAGACAACCUUGUCAGAAACAACAGGUGCCAAGAAAGCAGAGGGAGACACCAUCGCACCAACAUGGCAACAACACAACGGCCAGAGUGUGGACAUGAACCAAAUCUGUGAACACCGUCACAAACCCAAGAACUUGGAAAGUUAUUGGACGGUCAACAACCUCGUAAAACAGGUGCUGACAAUCCGUGGGCUACAGGAACUGGCCAGUGACCCAGGCUUUGUGGCAAUGACAGUGAGUGAGAUGGCUGAAGCUUGCCUGAUGGAUCACAGUGAGCUGGAGGGAGCAGCACUGAACUUGGUGAAAGGCCACUCGGCACAGACAGAACCCAAAGAGACCCUCUUACCUGAAGCUCUGGUGGAUCCUCCAUCUAGCUGCUGCUGAGCACUUUAUCAACGGAUAAGCUGAGGCUAGGGAGUAACGCUCCACCGCCACAGCUGAGUUACCGUCUAGUUUACUUGUUGUGUUUUUGGAAAUCUGUAACUGUUGCCGAGAGGUGUGAGAUAAUAUGUUUGAGAAUGUAUGAGAUUUCUGAUUUUGCCAGAGUACUGUAUGGAAGCACAGGACACAACAGGAGAGAAUAGAAUUCUCCACUGUCACUGCGACAUAAUCAGGCCAUGUUGGCUAUGUUUCUACUUCAUAAGUGUGGUAUCAUUACUUAAGUACAUCAGUGUGGAAAGGGCUCAUUAAACAAUCAGUGGCUGACAA